AUGGCCCCAUUACUCACUUGCGUUGGCGCAUGUCGCUUCACUCUUACCAACGCUGCCACUGACGGUGAUUUGCUGGUUGUGGUCGACAUCAUUCGUGUGUACCUUGAGUAUGAUGCUCACUUGAGGUCAGGCACCGCUGCGGAUCGCGCAACACCUGCAGGAUACAGGGAGUUUGCUUUGGCCUUUAACACUAUGCAAUCCCUCUCCUCAGCCACUCCGCAAUUCUCAGAAGAGAAGACUCACGGGCCCAAAAUCACUGGCCCCUCCCCUUCAUUCACUGACUUGGUCAGGGACAAUGUGCCCGCUGAUACCCAGCACAAUCCUGCACCGCAGCUCCCUGAAGGGGGGCGCUGGAUCAAUCCUCAGCGCAUUGAGCUACUGGAAGAGGCUCUGUGGCAGAACCUCGAAACUACUAAAAGGAAGUGUGAGUGGCGCGAGCGCGCAAUCACAGAGCAAAAAAACAAGCGCACCCAUACGAGCUUCCGCUCCAGGAACAUUGCUGAUGAAUACCCCAUUAAUCGAGGGGAAGAAUCCAGCUCUAGUGGACAUAACACUCCUUCCACCCUAGGGACUUCCAUUCAGACCCUAGCCCCACCCACGCAUAUGGAGGUAGAUGAUGAGGAUGGUGAAACCACCACUCAGGGUCCUGCGCCCAAGACUGGUAGAAAGGAAGGCGCUAGGAUCCCCAAGGCAAAAUAA